GUGGUGUGGUGCUGAGGGAAGAGAGGAAAAAAAACGGGGGAGCGGAAAAAAGUGGCGUGUACCGAGCCAGCUCGGCCGAAGCGCCAUGAGAUGAGAUGUGCGUGGAGGAGAGCACUCACUCUCCCUGCAGGUUUGGUCCCUCGCUACUCAACUCAACUCUUCCAGAGAGCUGCGCCUAGUCACCGCAAGGCACCUCUUCACGCCUCGGCCGCUCUGCGCGGCGACCGCGAGGACCCCACGCGUCUGCAGUACUCCAGCCAGGUCGAGGAGGCCGUCAACCAGCAGAUCAACUCGGAGCUGCGCGCCAGCUACGCCUACCUGGCCAUGGCGUCGUUCUUCGCGCUGCCGUCAGUGGCGCUCCCCGGGCUGGAGAGCCACUGCUGGUCCAUGUCCCGCCGCGAGCACCGCGACGCCCUGCGCCUCGCCGCCUACCAGACGAGCCGCGGCGCCGCCGUCGGCUUGUCCGGGGUGGAGGCACCCCGGCCCGCGCCGCAGCAGGACGGCUGCUCCUCCACGCCGCUGCAGGCGCUCGGCGCGUCUCUCGAGCUGCAGCGCUGCCUGACCGAGAGCCUCUUGGACCUCCACGAGCUCGCCAGCAGCACGGGAGACCCCGUCACCUGCGACUUCAUCGCCACGAGGUUCCUAGCGAAGCAGUUCGAGUUGAAGGCACCAGACUACUUUAUGCAAUGCCGAGAUUCAUCUUCGUCGAAAGAGGUGAAAAUAAUGUAG